CAAAGUGUAUCAAUUAAACUUUCCAUUCUUAAAUAUUUCAUACAACUGUGACAUACGAAUAAAUACCUGAUAGCUGAUACGUAAAAGUCAGAUCUACUGGUUUCCAAUAGUUUAUUGUCUGGUUAGUCACAUGCGCGCUAAAGCCAAAAUGCAGACUUAAAAGGACAAAUAAAGAAUCAGUAGAAGUAGAUGUGGAAAAGGCUACAGUAACAGUUUUUGAUGAUGACACUGAGACAAAGUUUAUAUUAUCUGAUGUUGAAUUAGUCCCAUUAUCUUGCAGAGGAUUAAAGUUAUCUCCCUUUAGCGAAGUAAAUUUUACAAUGCAGAUUGAUUCUUCCAGUUGGAAGACAGUUAAACCACUCAAGUUUGAAUCUAAACAAUCAUACCAGGAAGAAAUAGUAGAGAAAGUACAACUUUAUCAAGAUAAAUGCUUCUGUGCAAAAUGUGACCAGAAAAUUUUCAGGAAUCACUGCUUUUACAAAAGAGUCCUGCCAUUACCUUCAGAAAAUUGGUCUUCCAGUGUUGACAUGUGGUUUUGUCAUAAGCAUGGAAAUGAUGAUACAGAUUAUAAAUCGUUAUCUCUUAUACCAAAGUCAGGAGAGUGUUUUGUUGGUACUUCAUAUUUACUUGUCAGAUCAACACAUCUCCUUGUCAGAGACAGUCACAAUGGCACAGUUACAUGUCCAAGCUGUCACAUAGAGAUUGGGACUAAAUUUGUUAAAAGAAAUAAAUUGAAUGAGAUUAAUAGCUAUACAGAUAACCCUGUUUACAAAAUAUUUAGUGAAAGUGUGCAAUUUCACAGAGAUGAUAAUUUAUAUUGGAAUGAAAGCCCAAUUCAAAAUAAAGAAGCCUUUUUCGCAAAGAUGAUCAAUGAACAAAGUCAUGCAUACACCAGCUUUCGAUUGAUCUUGAGUGGAGAAAAAGAAAAUAAAAAGAUCCAGUGUUUAAUAUGGCUGAUAGAUCCAAAUUUGUUAAUAUUUGAAGGAGAGGCCAGUAGUGAAAAGAAGGAAGUCAAACUGAAGCCAUUGUCUGUGAUGAAAAUCUUGUAUAAAUGUGAUAUAUCUGAUACAUCUAGACUUAAAACUGGAAGAAGUACAGCAUUUGACCAGUGGGCUAGUGAUAACAGUGUUCAUGGAUUCCAUCUACCAUAUAUUUUGUGCUCAAGUUUAAUUACCUGCCUAAUAAAGAACACAAAGCAAUUACCCAAGUCACAAAGAUGCCUUAACUCGUUCUUGGUUGGUAUUCUACAUUAUAACAGAUGAAAAAAGAACGUUAAUUUGAUGGUGUUGGUGCUCUCGUCUUGGAUAAAAGAAAUAUAGUAAAAAAAAUGUUUAUGAAUGAAUUAAAUGUUGUAUGAAAAUUG